UUUCAGCAUUAUUAGCAAUAGAGACAACCCUCUUCUAAGUUCUGACAAAACCAGGAAGAGCUUAGGCUGCGGGAGAGAUAGUUUUAUGAACAAACAAAUGGAGAUGGAGAGAGGCAGAGAAAAAGGAGAUAACAACAUUUGUGAAGCUGAGACUAAUAGUGUUGAUUGGAGAGGAAGACCUUCAAACUCCAUUAAACAUGGAGGAAUGAAAGCUGCUGCUUUUGUUCUUGGGUUGCAAGGAUUUGAGAUAAUGGGAAUAGCAGCAGUAGGGAACAACCUGAUAACAUAUGUGAUAAAUGAGAUGCACUUUUCAUUGUCAGAAUCAGCAAAUAUAGUGACCAACUUUAUAGGGACCGUCUUUAUCCUCUCCCUACUUGGAGGCUAUCUCUCUGACUCUUAUCUUGGCUCCUUUUGGACCCUCCUCAUCUUCGCCUUUGUCGAACUUUCGGGUUUCAUAUUACUGUCAGUACAAGCUCAUCUUCCACAGCUAAAACCACCAAAAUGCAACAACAUGCUAAGUACUGAUAAUGGAGACCAAUUAUGCGAGGAAGCAAAGGGUCUCAAAGCCUUAAUAUUCUUCGUGGCAUUGUAUUUGGUGGCAUUAGGGAGUGGUUGUGUGAAACCAAAUAUGAUAUCUCAUGGUGCUGACCAAUUUAAUCAUCAAAAGCAGUCAAAGCAAUUAUCGAGAUAUUUCAAUGCUGCUUAUUUUGCAUUCUCAAUGGGUGAACUCAUUGCUCUUACACUUCUUGUUUGGGUACAAACACAUUCUGGAAUGGAUGUUGGGUUUGGUGUCUCUGCCGCUGCUAUGGCUUUGGGCUUAAUUACUUUAGUUGCUGGCACUCUUUUUUACAGAAAUAAACCUCCUCAAGGAAGCAUUUUCACUCCAAUUGCACAGGUUUUGGUGGCUGCAUUCUUAAACAGAAAGCAUAUUUCUCCAUCAGAUGCACGUAUGCUUCAUGGGACCCACACCAUCAAGAAUGUCAAUCCCACAUUGUCUCAUGAUAAUAUGGGUAUUCUCCUUCACACCAGUCGAUUCAGAUUCUUGGACAAGGCUUGUAUAAAAGUGCAAGAUGGAAAUAACACAAAAGAGAUAAGUCGAUGGAGACUUUGCACAAUAACACAAGUAGAGCAAGUGAAGAUCCUAAUUUCAGUCAUUCCCAUAUUUGCUUGCACUAUAAUUUUCAAUACCAUUUUAGCGCAACUUCAAACUUUUUCAGUCCAACAAGGAAGUGCCAUGAACACUAAACUAACUAAAAAUUUCCAUAUCCCUCCAGCUUCUCUUCAAUCAAUUCCUUACAUAUUGUUAAUCUUCAUAGUCCCUCUCUAUGAUACAUUUUUCGUCCCAUUCGCGAGAAAAUUCACCGGUCAUGAUUCAGGUAUCACCCCUCUGCAACGUAUAGGUCUUGGCCUAUUUAUCGCGACUUUCUCCAUGGUAUCAGCAGCCUUAAUGGAAAACAAAAGGAGAAUUUCUGCAGUGAACGAAAAUAAAACCAUAUCAAUAUUUUGGAUAACCCCACAAUUUUUGAUUUUUGGAUUAUCUGAAAUGUUCACUGCAGUUGGACUUAUUGAGUUCUUUUACAAACAAUCUUUAAAAGGGAUGCAAUCCUUUUUAACAGCCAUUACUUAUUGCUCAUAUUCAUUUGGCUUUUAUUUAAGCUCAGUUCUUGUUUCUUUAGUAAAUAAGAUCACUUCAAAUUCAUCACAUGGUGGCUGGCUUAGUGACAAUAAUCUUAACAAAGACAGACUGGAUCUUUUCUAUUGGUUGCUGGCAGUGCUGAGCUUUCUCAACUUCUUCAACUAUCUGUUUUGGGCUACAUGGUAUUCGAAAAAUCAAACUACAUCAGCAACAAUACAGCAAGAUUUUAAUUCCAAAGUUGUUGGAGAUGAUAGUAUAGCAUAAUUAAUUAAUGGAAUUACUAUGUACUUUAGGGAAAUAAAUUUCUCUAAAUUUUCCUAAGGUGCCUAUGGGCUAUGGCAAUGAUGAUAUAUAUAACUCUACUUAGGUGAUUACAACAUGUACAUGUCUAAAAAAAAUCCCAUUAAUCAUGGACGUAAUCCUGUUAUUGGUUGGUUA